AACAACAUUGCUGCGUACUUAAAAGUUAUUUAAAUAAUGGAAUUUAAAUUGUUUUUAAUCGUAUUAAUUACUAGUGCACCCUUUGUUUUAACACAAUCUAGAAAACAUUUAAAUCAAGAUGUAAAAUACCAUCCCUUUGAUCAGAAUUUGUACAGGGAAGUUUUAAAUCCAGAAUUAUGUCAACAACAAAUACAGUACAUAAGAAAUAGUACACUAUUACAAGCCCGGUUCCUUGAUGCCGGUCUACGAAUACCACAAGGUAUAUUACUAGGGAACCAAAUCCAUUUGGGCAAUUUCUACCAAUGCUUAAAGAUAACAGAAAACGUUAACGAAAUGAAUAUUCAAGGAAAAUAUUGUACAUUGAAAGUAUCACUCGGAGAAGUUGAUUCAUUACAAAAAGCAAAUAGAGAAAAAUUUUACAGCGAAUCGUAUCAUAUUAACCUGGAUACUAUUGAAGAAGUAACUAGAAUAAUGAAAACUGUAAAUAACACACGAAUGCGAACACUCAAAUCUAGUUUUAAAUUACCUUAUAGUCCAGAUUAUGAAGUUAAAAGCCGUAAAGGACCGGACAAUCCAUUAUCUGAUAUGGAAUUAACUCUAGCGAUUUGUAUACCAGCGCCUUGCACCACACCAGAAGUUAUUAAUACUAUUGUGGGAAAUAUAACUGAAAUUGGUAUUAAUUAUAAGGAAGACUUCUGUCGACUACCGAAUGAUAAACUAUGGGCUCCGGUUGAUUACGUAGCUGUAGCUAUAUUUUCUGCAAUCGGCUUUUUAACUAUUCUCAGUACGUGCUACGAUAUAUAUUAUUCGAAAGUGCUUGUAAAAGAUAAAAGAAAUGUCAAUUCUCUAUACUUUUGCUGUUCAUUGUACACAAAUACCCGACGUCUUUUAACGUUCAAGCCCAUUCCUAACUCGCUGGAUUGUAUUGACGGAAUACGAUCGUUGGCAAUGAUAUGGGUGAUCUUAGGUCACGCUUUUUACGCAAUACCAAUACACGAGAAUCCUCUUGAAGUGUUUGAGUGGACAAUUUCACCAAACGCUAUUUGGAUGACAACUGGUCACAUGACCGUGGAUACAUUCUUCCUUCUUAGCGGGCUCUUACUUGUUUAUUCUUCAGCAGGAAAAUUAACUGGAGAAAAACUCAUCCGAAGUCUACACAUGUUCUACUUACAUAGAAUUCUGCGCUUAUUCCCUAUACUGGCAGCGAUGGUACUGUUCGAAGCAUCGCUAUUCAACUACGUAUCAGACGGUCCACUGUGGACGGCGCCUGCGCAUAAUGUGCUCAGAUGUAGACAGUACUGGUGGUCGACUCUACUGCAUAUACAGAACUUUGUGAAUCCACUCAAUCUUUGUGUAGGAGUAUCUUGGUAUCUAUCUCUGGACAUCCAGUUACAUAUUAUAUCGCCGAUCAUUCUUUAUUUUGUCUUAAGUACAAGAAAGACAGUCGCGUGGGCGGCAUUGACUUCUGCUCUGAUGGCAUCACUCAUUGCCGCGACCCUUUAUAUUUUCAUCAAUGAAUUCCAGUCUGGAAUAAUAUCUCCUAACCGUCCUGAAGACAGUGAUGCCUACUUUAUUUACUACUAUGUUAAUCUUCUAACAAGAGCUCCACCAUUUUUUGUUGGAAUGAUUUUCGGCUACAUCAUACAUUCAUGGAAAGGAAAGAAACUGACAUCAACAAUGGUAAUCGCAAUGAUGUUUUGGUUUUGCUGCCUCUCCAUCUUCGGUAUGAUACUGUACUUCUUAUAUAUCAACAUACAGUUGGAUUGGGACAAUCAGACCGCUGAUAGUUUCAUCAACUCCUUUGUAAGGCCUUUAUGGGGAGUUGGCUUGGGUUGGAUAAUUUUUGCUUGUGUUAACGGAUAUGGAGGUCCAAUUAACUGGUUCUUAUCCCUACAUGUAUGGAAGCUACCGGCGCGUCUAUCUUACGCCAUGUAUAUUAUUCACUUCUCAAUCAUGGUGUCGUAUUAUAAUUCUAGAUUAGCUCCAGCGUAUUUCACAGUAUCAAGUGUGAUGUUCAACUUUUUCGGAUUCUUUAGCCUAACAUUUAUAUUGGCGUUUUUGGCUACAGUGGUCAUUGAUGCACCAUUUGGAAUCCUCGUCAAAACUAUAUUAGGUUCAGGAUCUAAGCCAGCGAAAACUAUGGACGAAAAAGAUCUAGAAAAAGAAACCAUUUCAUCGCCAACAGAUAUCAAGACAGAUCCUACGAACGAUACGUUUGUACCUGAUGGAGAAAAAUCUUUAUCAACAAGAUAAUUCUAUAGUAACAGUGAAGUUUUUUUGAAAUACCAAUCUUGAUAGAAAGACGAGAUUUAUUAGGGUACUGAUGUUAU